AUGGAGAGAGUCAACCGCACAUUGGUCACUGAAUUUGUCUUCCUGAAGUUUUCCAGCUCCCCACGUCUCCAGCUUCUCUUCUUCUCCCUCUUCUUCCUGGUCUACCUCUUGUCCCUGGUGGGCAAUGCCCUCAUCGUGCUCGUGGUGGUCCUGGACAGGCGCCUCCACACUCCCAUGUACUUCUUCGUCUGCAAUCUCUCCUUGGUAGAGCUCUGGUACACCACAGUCACUGUGCCCAAGAUGCUGGCCAAUUUUCUGAGUUCCCCAGGGGAUCAUCUCAGUUCCCAGCUGCAUCACGCAGGGAUCAUCUCAGUUCCCAGCUGCAUCACGCAGUAUUACUUCUUCUUCUCCUUGGCUGCCACCGAGCUCUUCAUCCUCACCACCAUGGCCUUUGACCGCUAUGCUGCUGUUUACACAUAUGCCAUCCAAGUUGUGGGCUAUGCCUUUAGCACUGUCAUUAUCCUAGGAGCCCUGUUCUUUACCAUGGCUUCCUAUGCCCAAAUCCUGGCCACAGUUCUCGCCAUGUCCUCAGCCGCUGCCCAGCGCAAGGCCUUUUCCACCUGCACAGCCCACCUAUCUGUGGUAACCAUCUACUUCGGCACUCUCAUAUUCAUGUAUGUCCGCCCAGCAGUAAAAUAUGAGUCAAACAUUAACAAGAUUGUGGCCAUCGUCUACUCAGUCAUCACCCCACUUCUCAAUCCUCUUAUUUAUACACUCCGCAACAAGGACGUCAGGGAAGCUCUGAAGGUGUUGGUGUUCCAGAUCCAAAGGGUCUGCUACCCAAGCAAGGAGACUCGGUGA